UCUCUUAUCUUGAAGUGUUCAAUCAUGUGGCAACGUUUUGGGCAACUUGCUCGACCCCAGCUUGGCAUGAAGCUAGGGACAUUGGGAUUUCUAGGCAUUCCCCGUGUUGACUUCAUGUCACUUAAUUUCAAUAUUUCCUCUGGUCUCAUUGUAGGAGAGAUUUCAGCAAAAUGUGAUGCUGAGAAGCUUGGCAUUAGGGCAGGGGAUGUUAUUUUUUCAUGCCAGAAAAAACGUGUUUCAAGUAUUGUUCAGCUGGAAGAUGUGCUGUUGGGUGUUGGUGCGGAACAUCUUGAGAAGAGCAAUGAUCUCAGCUCUAAAGUUGAUGUUGAGAUUGGUGUAUUUCAUGUGCGCAAACGCAAAAAGAGUGACAUUAUUUUAAGAGUAGAGUUGUCAGAUCGUCUUGAAGUUUUUCACUCAGAUGAUGAAGAUGCCAAAGCAGUAGGAAUCAAGGGAGAGGAAGCAACCGGCAUCAGCUGA